GCUGACUGUCUUCUCUGUUUCUUUAUAACUCAUUGACUCUCUCUCUCCCCUCUUUCUCUCUCUAAAAUGAUGCACAUCGGUUAUACACUUCCUUCACAUAACAUUCACCUCUUUCAGGCGAGACGUGCCAGCUUCAAUUGUCGUGGUAUUUCACCAUUAAACCCUGUAACAAGAGCACCUUCUGUAAAGAAGGUACAGAAUGUUAAGCCAGUCACAUCCACCGAGUUGACUCGGUUGCAUCUAUCCAAUCUCGAAAAGCUACUGCAGAAGCAAACUGAACCCAACCCACCUGAUCGUGACACACAACCCGUAAAUAAAGAUACCAAUAAUGGGUCGCCGGAAAACAAAGGAAAAGUCCUUCGGGAAGGGUUGAAUUUGGCCAGAAUUUGGCCUGAAAUGAAGGCGGCUGAGGAAAUGUCACCGCGGCACCUGAACCGGCUCCAGCGGCUCUUAUCCAAGUCAUCGGAGUAUUCUCCGAGGAAUAACCUCGGUAGCCGGUGGCAGGAGUAUCACGGCAGCAAUGACUGGUCCGGCCUCCUGGAUCCGCUCGACGAGAAUCUCCGGCGAGAGGUGAUCAGAUAUGGUGAGUUCAUACAAGCCGCCUACCAUUGUUUUCAUUCCAAUCCUGCCACCUCAGCUGAGGAAGCCCCGCCACUGCGACAUGUGGCGUUGCCAGAUAGGUCCUACAGAGUGACAAAAAGUCUCUAUGCCACAUCGUCCAUUGGGUUGCCCAAAUGGGUUGAUGACGUGGCUCCGGAUCUCGGGUGGAUGACCCAACGUUCAAGCUGGAUCGGGUAUGUAGCGGUUUGUGAAGAUCGCAGAGAGAUCUCGCGGUUAGGGCGUAGAGACAUUGUCAUUUCUCUUCGUGGAACUGCCACGUGUCUUGAGUGGGCCGAGAACAUGAGGGAUCUAUUAGUUCAGGUUCCGGGACAAAAUAACCCAGCCAACGGACAACCCAAAGUAGAGUGCGGGUUCUUGAGUCUAUACAAGACACGCGGAGCUCAUGUGCCAAGUCUAGCUGAAUUAGUGGUUGAAGAAGUGCGCAGAUUAAUGGAACUCUACAAAGGUGAGACGCUAAGCAUUACUGUAACCGGACACAGCCUCGGUGCAGCCCUAGCCCUCUUGGUGGCAGAUGAGUUGAGUACAUGUGCACCGGAGGUACCACCAAUAGCCGUCUUCUCCUUUGGCGGGCCUCGUGUCGGAAACCAAGGCUUUGCCAGAAAUAUUAAUGCCAAAAACGUUAAGGUGUUACGUGUAGUGAACUCUCAAGAUGUAAUAACUAAGGUUCCAGGAAUGUUUGUGAGUGAAGACCUCGAUAAAAAGUUGAGAAACACUCGCGUUGGAGGAAUGCUCGACGUGCUCGACAACAACAUGCCAUGGGCAUACGCCCAUGUUGGGACAGAAUUGAAGGUCGAUACAAAGAUGUCACCAUUUCUAAAACCUGAUGCAGAUGUAGCAUGUUGCCAUGACUUGGAGGCCUACCUGCACUUGGUGGAUGGGUUCUUGGCAUCUAAUUGCCCUUUCAGAGCAAAUGCCAAGAGAAGCCUAGUGAAGUUGCUUGAUGAACAGAAGUCUAAUGUCAAAAAAUUGUAUACAGCAAAGGCCUUGAGAUUGAAUCUUGAAAGAGAGGGAAUGCCCAUUUCUGGUUGUUUGCCAAGUCCAUCUUGACAAUACAUAAGGUUGCAAUGUAUAGAUAUACCCUUGGGCAAAAAUCUAAGUACUACUUGUACAAACUUGAAAUAAGAAGCUUAAUUCUAUGUUAUGAUGAUAUAUAUUUGUCCUGCUUUUGUCUAUCAAUUGCCUUUGGACAUUUUCCAUCUCCUAAUCCAAAUUACUUCUGGA